AGGUCCAGGUAGCUAAGACGUGAUAUCAAGAUUUCUUGGCUGUUCCUACGAGGUAAUCACAUUGUCUUGGCAAGUGAAAGGUACCUGUACAACAAGAAAACACAUCUUAUGAUAUGGAACGAUGGAUUGAAAAUGUGACACUGAUUCCGAUUCACUUUAAGUGACACUUGGGAGAAGAAGAGAGAGAGAAAAAAAUACCAAAAAUGGAAUUAACAAACAUCAGGUUGCUGAUUUAUCUGUUUACAAUCUCUGUCACUCUCCUGGACACUGUGGACUGUGUUGGGAUGGAUUUUGCUGAUCAUGCUGUCAAACUGCAUCGUGGGAAAUCGUACGGACAGCCAAGUGCUUCUGAGGAAUUCAACAAGUGGCUACCACAGUCUUGCAGAAACUUAGAAACAUUGCUCAUCGGAAAAAGGACGGUGGUCAAAAAAUUAGACCGUGCUAUUCGGGAAGUUGAGUUUAACCCGAAACUUUCACAUCAGGAAAAAGCUUUUCAGAUGCACAUUUUUCAUAUCUUCCAGAAGGAGCUGAAUGAAACUGAGAUUUCUAUUUUUCAGUCUGUAAAUAGCCUAAAAAGGGCUUUAAAAGGAGACUACAAAGAUAUUAUAAAUAUGAAGGAGAGUACUAGCCAGCGAUUAGACGCACUCAGAGAGGCUACUCUCAAGGAGGAACAGGAAUACAAUGACUUAUUAGUUGCCGAGAAACAUCAACUAGAGUAUUAUGAACACUUACGACAUUUAAAUAUGAGUAAUACAAACCGAACUAAAGUGGAAGCCAUGUUGGAUUCUGUGUUAGACGAGGUAGCGCAGGCGGCUGAUAUCUUAGAAAACCAACUCAUGGAGAAUGUGUUUGACGAAUCAAGAAGGUCAAAAAGUGCCGUUAUUGAAGCUGUCCUACGAAUUAAUGAAGAUGGAAUAAAACAGAACAGAACACUGAAAUCACUAAAUGAAGCUGACCAAGGAAUGAGUGUACUUAUAGAUGCUAAUAAUAAUCAGUAUGGUUGGGUUACAAAACCUAAAGAUACCACCAUUCCACAUGAAGACCACCAUUUCAAACAGGAUAUCAUACUGAUGAUAGUGUUGUCAUUCUUAUGCGGAUGGGUGUGUCAUUCUCUCGACUUGCCGUCCAUGUUCGGCUACAUCAUGGCAGGAGUCAUCCUGGGAUCAUCUGGGUUCAACAUUAUCAAGGCUCAAGUGCAAGUAGAAACUCUUGGCGAAUUUGGUGUCUUCUUUAUUCUCUUUAUGGUGGGAUUAGAGUUUUCACCUGACAGAAUACGAAAGGUUUGGAGGGUUGCUGUCUUUGGUAGUGUUGCUAUGACGAUUUUGAUGAUGGUAUGCGGACUAAUGUUUGGAUACAUGCUGAAAAUCAUACCCAGUCAGAGCGUCUUUGUAGCAGCAUGUCUGUCUCUGUCCAGCACUCCACUGGUUGUAAAGUUCUUAGGAAGCCAGGAAAAAGACACAGGUCAGGGGGACAGCGAGUAUAGUUCUACACUGUUAGGUAUUUUGGUGGUACAAGAUGUUCAGCUGGGACUCUUAAUUGCCAUUCUGCCUGCCAUGGCUGGGUCGCCGAUACCUACAAUGUUACCACAUCAAGGGAUGAAUAUUAUGGAUAUACUGAGGACGUUAUGGCUUCUUAUAAAGCUUGUCACUGCUAUGGCAUUUGUUUUGGCGUUGAGUGUUGCAACGAGUAAAUACGUGGUGCCGCCGUUUUUUCAUAAACUGAGACAGCAUGGCUGUCGUGAAAUGCUGGUACUCGGAUCCAUGAGUUUAGCAUUCAUCAUGCUAAUGGUGACUGAUUUGCUUGGUAUAUCCAUGGAAUUAGGUUGUUUCCUAUCUGGUGUUAUCAUUAGUUCCCACUCACAUGGCACUGUGGCGGAAGAAAUCUCCAUCCUUACUGAACCCGUCCGAGAUGUCUUUGCUUGUCUAUUCUUUGCCUCAAUAGGUCUUCAUGUGUUCCCUACAUUUGUUGCCUAUGAAUUCACUGUGUUAUUGACACUGACCUUCACAGUAGUCAUCAUCAAGUUUGUGACUGGUGUUUUUGUGCUAAGCGUUCUCCUGCCUGUUGGUGGUAGCAAUAUAAAAUGGAUAGUUGCUGCGGGUCUGGCUCAAGUCAGUGAAUUCUCCUUUGUGCUCGGCAGUCGUGCUAGAAGAUUAGGAAUGUUAUCAAGAGAGGUUUAUUUGUUAAUUUUAAGCAUAACUACGCUUAGCCUACUAUUAGCUCCUGUUCUGUGGAAGAUCUCACUAUGGCGAUGUGGCCGCCGGAAACAACACAGAGGAGGAAUGAUGAGAUGACAAAAGUUACUAUAGCAAUAAAAUGAAGAAAAGAACGGCUACUGAAAAAAAUUAUUUACAAUUGGUGUCAGAAGCUUUUUAAGCGAAUCCAAGUUUUUUCCCCCACGCAUAUUUUCCAAAACCUUGUCCAUUUAUGAUGUUUGCCUACUCUCAUCAUAAUAUCUAUAUAUAUCAGAUAUCAUAUAUAUAUAAUAUAAUAUAAUAAAAAUAUUGAGAUGUCAGCUUUUGUACGGUGCUCCUAAAGGUGUUUUGUUAUUACGA